AUGACAAUGCCAACACAAGAAGAAGAAGAAAUCAGAGAAGAGCGUUGUCGAGAUGGAUAUUGUAUUGUUGCUCAUUCUAGGCAAAGUCAUAAAUCAUUCUUUGUUUGCAUGCUUAAACCACUCUCUUAUAACAUCCAGAAGCAAGAUUCUGAAAUCGAGGGAGCCCAGUGGAUGGCUAUUGAGGAAUAUGCAGCACAUCCUUUUAUAAUGAAGCAUGAAAUGUUCAAUAAAAUAGCAGAGAUUUGCUUACCAAAAAAAGAGAACAAAUACAAUGGCUUCUCCAAAGUGCUUAUGACUUCUGCAUUUUCUACUAAGAGGACUUAUUUGUACUACAAUCAAAACUAA